GUUCGUCGAUCCGAUAGGAUAAGCCAUCAAACUGCGUUUGGUGGGCUUCGAUCUUUACUUGUUUGUUGCCUUUCUCGAUAUACUCAGAAUAACGUUCAACAACGAAUUUAACGGUUACGGUGACGUGGCAUCUUUCCAUUAGCCAAAGUAAUUGGUAUCAUUGGCACCGAGGUGUCGCCCGCGCCCUUAUAUUGAUGGCAGCGCCCUUCUUUCAUUCUCGUCGUCCCGGAAAGAGAGGCGAAGCGAGAGCGGCACUUUCGUUAAGAUCCCAACGGCCGGUUGUCAUUUGCCCCGGUCUUCCUCCCCACAAGCUGAUCCUGUCGCAGAUGGCCGUGCCGUUCGUCCUCCUCCUGAUCGCAUCCUCCUUUCUCCAGAUUUGGGCGUCCGAUCCGUUGUACUAUGAAUCCUUUGACGAGCCCUUUGAGGGGCGGUGGAUCGUCUCCAAGAAAGAGGAUUACGAAGGAUUGUGGAGACACUCUAAGAGUGAUGGACAUGAAGAUUAUGGGCUUCUUGUGAGUGAGAAGGGUAGGAAGCAUGCAAUAGUGAAGGAACUUGAUGAACCUAUCAUUCUCAAGGAUGGAACUGUCAUUCUACAGUUUGAAGUUCGACUACAGAAUGGACUUGAAUGUGGAGGGGCAUAUCUAAAGUACCUCCGUCCUCAGAAAGCCGGAUGGACUGCCAGGGAAUUUGACAAUGAGUCUCCAUAUACUAUCAUGUUUGGACCUGAUAAGUGUGGAGGCACAGAUAAGGUGCAUUUCAUUUUCCCGCACAAGAAUCCUAAAACUGGACAGUUUGUGGAACAUCAUCUUAAGUACGCUCCAACUAUCCCUUAUGAUAAACUCUCCCAUGUCUAUACUGCUAUUCUGAAACCUGAUAAUGAGCUGAGAAUUUUGAUUGAUGGAGAGGAAAGGCGAAAGGCAAAUUUCUUAUCUUCGGAUGACUUUGAGCCAGCAUUUAUUCCACCCAAGACCAUACCUGAUCCUGAUGAUAAGAAGCCUGAGGACUGGGAUGAGAGGACGAAAAUUCCAGACCCUGAUGCUGUAAAGCCAGAUGACUGGGAUGAAGACGCACCAGAGGAGAUUGAAGAUGAGGAAGCUGUCAAGCCGGAAGGGUGGUUGGACGAUGAACCGGAGGAAAUUGAUGAUCCUGGAUCCAUAAAACCGAAAGACUGGGAUGACGAAGAGGAUGGGGAAUGGGAAGCAAUAAAAAUUGACAACCCAAACUGUGAAGCAGCACCUGGAUGUGGAGAGUGGAAGAGACCAAUGAAGAGGAAUCCCGCGUACAAGGGAAAAUGGCACGCUCCUUUAAUUGACAAUACAAACUACAAGGGCAUCUGGAAGCCACGAGAGAUAGAUAACCCCGACUAUUUUGAACUUGACAAGCCAGAUUUUGAGCCAAUAAUUGCUAUCGGUAUUGAGAUUUUGACAAUGCAGGAUGGCAUUCUGUUUGACAAUAUUCUGAUAUCUAGGGAUGAGAAGGUUGCUGAGUCAUAUAGAGCAGAGACAUGGAAACCUAAGUAUGAAGUUGAGAAAGAAAAGGAGAAGGCUGAAGAUGGUGCUGCUGGGUUUUCAGAUAUGCUUUCAGGUUUCCAGAAGAAAGUGUUUGAUGUGCUUUACAAGAUAGCAGACAUCCCCUUCUUGGAGGCAUACAAGAAUAAAAUUAUUGAUGCAAUUGAGAUGGGAGAGAAACAACCCAACCUCACUAUUGGGAUCCUGGUAUCCAUUGUGGUGGUUAUAGUUACUGUUAUAUCCAGGGUUCUGUUUGGAGGAGAGAAACCCAAGGUGUGUCAUUUUGGCUUUAAUCCAUCUUUACCUUUUGUUGACCUUUGCGCAUUUUGCAGGCUCCUGCUACACCUAUCAGUGAAACUAAGAUUGCUAGAGCUGGUGAAACUGAAGUUCCCGAAAGCAACAAAGACGAAAAAGAGACUGACAACGAAGAUGAAUCAGCCCCGCGCCCCAGGAGGUCCAGGAGGGAUACGUAGACCUGACAUGUCUUGAAUUUUUUGAACGUGUUGUUUAUUUCUAGAUUUAAUCUUAAGUUGACCAUGAGAUUGAGGGAACCAUUUUCCUCCUUCAAAAUUUUGGGUUACAUUGAUUUGAUAAAUCUUGAUAAUAUCUGCAUCUUGGAAUAUAAUCUUGACACUUCAAUA